ACUAGCAGGAAGUGUUCUGAGUUGACUAAUGGCUAGCUACCUGGCAAGGCUACAGGCGUCAUUUUCUAAGGGUUUUUGUUUGUUUGAGUAGUUUUCUCGAUUGUUGCUCAAAUGUAGACAUGCUGCCAGGGUGCUGACUUUACGCCAAUCUUGAUUACAUCCGUUUGACUGCGUGUCAUAUGCGUACAUUUCACAGCUAGCAUUAGUUUCAUGUAAUCUGAUGUUAAAGAUUCGGGUUUGAGUUGGGAUUAUGUGUGUUCUGGUUGUGUUGAGCGUUGCCUUGUCCUGAUGUGCGCUCGACCCUGGUAAUCGGAGAGCACCGUGGGCUGCCGCUAUGGAGGAGCGAAAACUGAAGAGAAAGAGCCCAAGGACGCCCACAGCCCCGGCCCCAGCGCCAGUGGCGGUGGCGGUUGCGGUGACGGUAGCAGCGCCGACAGCAACAACCGGAUCUGGCCGGAAACACUGUGCUUCUACCGGUGGGAAACAUGUCGGCUACAGUCAUGGCACGGGGACUCAUUCCAGCCAGAAGAGCAAAAAUAGAAGGGGACUUCGUGACAAAUCAAAGUAUAAAAUGGGUUCCGGUGUUCACCCCAGCCCAAAUCAGAAACAGGCAGCACCCAUCAUCCAGCACUCGUUCUUGACUGAUGUCUCUGACGUGCAGGAGAUGGAGAAUGGACUUCUCAGCCUCCUCGACGACUUCCACUCUGGGAAAUUGCAAGCGUUUGGUAAUGAGUGUUCCAUCGAGCAGAUGGAACAUGUGCGGGAGAUGCAGGAGAAGCUGGCCCGCUUACACUUUGACCUGUACGGUGAGGAGGAAGAGAUGCAAGAGGAACAGAGGAAAACAGCACGGGACAGCAACAUGGACAAGUUGCUUCUAAAUCUGGAGGAGCUAAGUUCAUCUAUACAGAAACUGAAUCUGACCGACAGCCAAGAGAUUCCGAAGUCUGCCAGCUUGUGACUGCCUUUCCGCCACAGUCACUGCGGGUAACAUGGUUGUUGCCGCUGAGAUGCAAAAGCAAAGUUUAAUGCGUGUAAUGUGAGGGCUGCAUUCUAAUUUUACUCAACAUUAAGAUCCCAGUAGUUUAGGCACUCAUAUUUACUAUCUUGUCUGACUGAUCACCAGCAUCUAUUUGCUGUUACAAACAGUGUCCUGUAGAGGAAGGUCUACAUUCUAACCAAAGUGAUUUGAAUUAACAUGACAAUAGAUUGAUUGUGUGGCUGCAAACAAUAUUAUAGCACUCUGUUGCACUUUAUAUUAUCAGUCAAUUGGUGUGUAAUCAAACAGAUUUAUCAAUAUGUGGUUACCAUCUGUAAAAAAAUGUGUUUUCUCACCUUUAAGCAUCAAGAUUAAAUGCUCCACAUGUACAGUGGCUGAAAUAAGUAUUUAAAACAUCACCAUUUUUCUCAUCAAAUAUAUUUCCAAAGGUGCUAUUGGCCUGAAAAUGUCACCUGAUGUUGGAAACAAACCAAGCAAUCCUUACAUACAAAGAAAGAACAAUUAAGAAAUUAAGUUGUGUGUGAAAUGAGACCGGGAAAAAGUAUUGAACAUAUAAAGAAAUGGAGGUGCAAUAAAGCAUGAAAAGCCAAGACAACACCUAAAAUAUAUCAUUAAUAAAACAGCAAUUCAGCCCCUUGUCAGUGCAAGUGAAUAUAAUCUGGUUCAGUCCUAAUUGAUGGCCUACAAAAAGAUCUCAUUGCCAAAGUAUGAGUCAAGACACAUCUCAUGAUGGGUAAGAGCAGAGAACUGUCUCAAGACCAUCGCAAGCUAAUUGUAGCAAAACAUAACGAUGGCAUUUGUUACAGGCGCAUAUCAAAGCUUCUCAACGUUCCAGCGAGCAUGGUUGGGACCAUAAUACAUAAGUGGAAAGCCAAUCAUAUCACCAUAAAUUUGCCUCAAUCAGGUGCUCCUCGCAAGAUUACCGAAAGAGGAGUGCAAAGAAUAGUCACAAGACUUGUCCACGAGCCAAGGACCACCUGUGGAGAGCUUAAUCAACACCUGGAAUUAGCAGGUGCUGUUGUCACACGGAAAACAGUGAGUAAUGUGCUCUGCCGCCAUGGCUUGUAGUAUGCUCACCACACAAGACCCCAUUGCUGGAAAAAAAAAAAAAAAAGCAUGUCAAAGCUCAUAUAAAGUUUGCUGAACAAUAUUUGGACAAGCCAGUUAAAUGCUGUGACAAUAUAGUCUGAUCGGAUGAGCGCAAAAUUGAACUGUUUGGAUCCCAUAAUGUACACGAUGUUUGGAGGAGAAAUGGCACUGCACAUCAUUCUAAAAACUAGUGAUGGCGAGAUGCAGCUCCAUGAAGCAUCAUAACACUUAGACCAUUGGUUCAAGUAAUGGUUCAUUUCUUGGUGAUUCAUGUGCACACGAAACCACCUGCUGGCCAUGUGUAUAAUCACAGGCAACUGUAUCUCAGGCCACAUAAUGUGUCAUGCAUUGCAAUCUAGCAUUUGUUGUGGCUCUUGGAAAUGACUAUGAAUGACAAAAAAAUGUUUGACCAAAUAUUGUGAUGACAUGAAAUAAGAAAAUAUUGUUUGAACGUAUUCUGUGCGCGUAACUGUUCCCAAAAUGGUAGUAAUCAUAUAUGGGUACGUCUAAAAAAAUAAAAUCGAAUGUGGUAGAAAACUCAAUUGAUUUCAGUAGUCGUACAAAUAAAGUCGUUAAAAACUACUUCUCAGAGGGCAAAUUCCUGCCUAAAUUCUACAAUAAAAACAAAUUCCAUUUUUUCAUAAUAGUUUUACAUUCUAUUCUUGUUUCUAGAGAUGGCGAGUUUGGAGUUGUCUUUUGCUGUAAGCUGUAAUCAUCAAAAUUAUACAUGUAUAAAAGAAAUCAUGAAAUAUUUCAGUGUGUGUGAUACAUCUCUAGUUUCACUUUUUGAACUACUUUAGUAAAUUAAGCUUUUGACUCUAUUAUAAUUUAUUGAGAUGUACCAGUAUGGCAGCUUGUGCUUGGACUAUGAUGUAAAGAACAGGGGAGAUUUUAUUAAUUUCUCUUCAGAAAUAAUAGUUUCUCAACAUUUUGUGGUUUUAAUCGAUUCCUUUUCUUUGAUAUGACCUACCCGGCCUUUGAAAAUACUCUUUCACAUGGCACAGAAGAUGCCAGGGUGCACAAAUACCCCAAAGCAAGCGUGUACAAAUUGGGGUAAAGUGAUUUGCGCCUCUCCCAGUACUCUAUAAAGGGUUUUCCAUCCUGCUGCAAUUAGGCUCAGAUAGGUAGCGCUGGAUCUCGACAGUGGCAUCUGCAGAAACAAUUCUUGACUUAUGUGCUUCCAUGACGCUGCUGUCAAAACGAUGCCACAGUGUGCUACCUAAGAGGAAAACAGAUCAUGUUAGUAAGUGCUCUGGUAGGAAUACUUCCUCUCAAAAUUUAAAUGAAUACAUUACCUCGAGUGACAGCAUGAGAUGUGGAAGCCUCUGGGAUUUCCUCUCUGUUUUUUUCGUACUUCAUUACACUGAUGUGCUCAGAGGUCAGUCUCUAUAGCUUCUGUGCCUUUAGUGGGGCUGAAAAACCAUAUCGCUUUAAAACGAGGAUCCAGGUGUGUAGGUAGGUGGAGCCUCAUUGAUUGUAAUGUGAAUAGCUUAUGUCGGAGUUGCCUGAUGAGUUGAUCUCCCAUUUGUAGUGUAACUGUUGGUGCUGGUUUGGUCAUUUCCUCUUGUAGGGUUUGCUCCAGCAUCUUCAACAAGGGGAGACUAGCUUGGAGGCAGACACGUGUUCCUCUGCAGACAGCUCUACAGUGGCAUCAUAAAAGGGAGACAGCAGGGAAAGGCACGCUUCAACAAUGUUAAAUUCAUCCAAUGUCAAUAAGGGGAUGUCAUGUUCUAGGCCUGCUAAAGCUGCUCCUUCUGGCUCCCUUUGUUCAAAUAAACGUUGCAGCAUCAAAUAUGUGCUGUUCCAUCAAGUUUCCACUUCUUGCAAACGCUUCGUGUUGUUCAGCCCCAUAUUAAGAUGUACUUGUGUAAGCGUCUCCUUCAAAGAUACAGAUGAGUAGGCCAUUAAUCACUGUUGUGGAACUACGAACAAAUUAUUACCAUUAUAAAGUUGGAAUGAAGGGAAAUACCAUACCUUAGCAGUGGUGCUGCUUCUGAAGUAACCAACCAGCUUCCUUGCUUUGGUCCUGAUGCCAAAGAGCACAGUGUACUGGUCAAGUUUCUUUUUUGCAAGUAAAUUUAGUGUGUGAGCAAUACAAAUGUGAUGGCGAAGUUUCAGCUCCCUCACACAGGCAACCAUGUUUGGUGCGCCGUCAGUGACCAUACAUGUCACCUUCGUAGUGAUUCCCCAUUCCUCCAUCAGGGAGGCUUUCACAUGACCUAGAUUUUCUGCAGUGUGGGAUUGGGGGAAUGCCUGCACUCCCAAAAGCACUAAACAGGCUUCCCCCCCCCACAAAAUGGCAAGUUAUUAUUGCCAGGUAGGCAUCCAUGUCACACGUAAGGCUUACGGCAGCCACCUUUGCCACUUCAUCCUUAGCCUUCUUCUGAGCAGGCUCAUAUUUAGCCUCCAUCAUGGCUUUCAGAGCCUGAAGAAGUAAAUAAUAAUAAUAAUGACAGAUACAAUAACAUGAUGGUGUGGGGCUGCUUUUGAGUAAGUUGUACUGGUAAACUUCACGUUAUUGAAGGAACGACGAAUGGGCAAAUGUACUGAGACAUUCUUGACAGAAAUCUGCUGCCAUUUACGAGGAUGAUGAAAAUGAAACCAGGGUGGACUUUUCAGCAGGAUAAUGAUCCAAAGCAUCCUGCAGAGGAAACUCUCAAUUGGUUUCAAAGAAAUAAUAAUGUUUUUUAAAAAAAGCUGCUAAAAUGGCCCAGCCAAUCACUUGACUUGAAUCCAAUUGAAAAUCUUUGGAAAGAAGUGAAACUCAAGGUCCAUAAAAGAACCCCACAGAACCUUAAAGAUUUGAAGACUGCUUGUGUGGAGGAAUGGACCAAAAUCACAACAGAGCAAUGCAUGCAACUAGUUUCUUCAUACAUGAGGUGUCUUGAAGCUGACAUUGCAAACAUAGGCUUUUGUCCAAAGUAUUAAAUAAAUACCUGUUGGCGUGUUCAAUACUUUUUCCCUGUGUAAUUUCAUAUUAUUACACACAACUUAAUUUCUGAGCGUAUUAGUUCUUCUUUCUUUGUAUGUAUGGAUUACUUGGGUUGUUCCCAGCAUCUGGUAAAAAAUUCAGGUCAAUAGCACCUUUGGAAAUAUAUUUAAUGAGAAAAAUGGUAACGUGUUAAAUACUUAUUUCAGCUGCUGUAUGUUCUCUGUUGGGCUGCAAACAGUCCAGUAAUCCAAAUAUUGAUUUCACUACCAUGCCUUAAAUUGUGUUGUGAUGUAAGCAUUUUUAGUUAUUGUAAUUCUUCACAUGCAAAUUGUAAUCAAUCACUUGCUGCUUUCACUGUCAGUGUCAGCCAAUGUUGGGGAUGAAUUCUCUUCACAGGUUAAACUGUUAAAAACAUGUAUGCUGCUGUUUUUAAUAAAAUAAAUGAAUCACGUUUCUGCAAA